AUGUCUGUUACGAUUGUCACUGGCGCCUCUAAAGGUAUCGGAAAGUCUAUCGUUGAAAUCCUUCUUUCAAACCCCAAUGCAAAGGUCAUAGCAGUGGCAAGGAGCGAACUGGAUCUCCAGAAGAUCCAAGAUCAGCACGGCUCAGAAAGAGUGGCCUACAUCGCUGGCGAUGUUUCUGAGGAAAGCAUUGCUGCCGAAGCGGUGAAGCUUGCCGUGUCCAAGUUUGGCGGUGUCAAUGCCAUUAUUGCCAAUGCUGGUGUGCUCGCUCCGGUUGCUCCUAUUGACAAGGUGUCUGUUGACGACUGGAAGCGGCUUUUUGAUAUCAACUACUAUGCCGUGAUCCACUUGGUUCAGCACAGUCUUGAACAAUUGAAGAAGUCCUCCGGAAAGGUGGUUGUGGUCUCCUCGGGAGCUUCGGUGAAGUCCUACAGCGGUUGGUACGCCUACGGGGGCUCCAAGGCAGCCUUGAACCACUUGGUAUUGUCGCUAGCUGAACAGGAGAAGGGCAUAUCUGCCAUAUCCAUUGCCCCAGGAGUGGUCGACACACCGAUGCAGCAGGACAUCCGUGAAAAACACGGAGGCUCCAUGAGUGCUGAGGGCCACAAGAGGUUCCUUGACCUCCACAAGAACAAGGAAUUGGUCAAGCCAGAGGUGCCUGCUACCGUGUUAGCUAACCUUGCCUUACGAGGAUGGGACUCCUCUAUCAACGGGAAGUACUUGCGCUACAAUGACGAGCAAUUGAAAGAGUACACCCAAUAG